CCGGUCAGGUCGUCUGGCUUCCGCCUCGCAGUCAGCCUCCAGUGUGCCAAACCUGUGCACCUGCGCAGACCGCGGCGUCAGUCCGUCACCAUGGCAGCAAGUGCUGGGGGCCCGGGAUCCUGGAGUGAAAAUAUACUAACAUAUUUUCUGAGGAACGGGCAGAUCACGGCAGAAGACGGCGCUGAGAUACUCUGGUACCACGCAGCGAACCACAAGUGUCAGAUGAGUGACGCCCUGGAGAGUGCCGCCCACAUGAUCGAGGCUGAUGUCCUUCUUCCUAGCGAUGGCUCGGAGCAUGGCCAGCCAAUCAUGGCCCACCCGCCCGAGACGAGCAGUGACAACACUCUGCAGGAGUGGCUGGCUGAGGUCAUGAAGAGCAGCAAAGGCAUCAAGUUGGAUUUCAAGAGUCUGGCAGCCGCCCGAGCAUCCAUGCUGUUCCUGGACAACGUGAAGCAGCACCUGCAGCGGCCUGUGUGGAUUAAUGCCGACGUCCUUCCCGGGCCAAAUGGGAGCAGCAAAGUAGUAGACGCCAAAGCCUUUCUGGACACCGUGACGUCCUUCUUCCCAGACGUGACCUUUUCCUUGGGUUGGACAACAGGGUGGCAUCCUGAGAAAGUCAAUGAAGGAUACACCUGGCCGAUGGUGAAAGAGAUGGACUACAUAUGCAGCGAGCUAACCCAGCCUGUCACCUUCCCGGUCAGGGCAGCCUUGGUGAGGCCGUCGUGCUCUCAGUUGCUCUGGCUAUUGGCGAAGUCGAACAGGUACAGCUUGACCGUGUGGACUGGAAAAGACGACAUUUACCCCACUGAAGAUUUACUUUACAUUCGAGACUGCUUUAACAAAACCCAAGUUUUCUAUGAUAUUUUGGAACCACAAAACUAUGAAUUUAAACAAGCCAUUGGAAUCCGAGUCACUCUCUAAAAAUAUAUUUUAAAAUGUAUAUAUAUAUUUUUUUUCUUUUAAAUCACUUUCUCUUUGGUUUUAUGAUCCUUUGCUGUUUGGUCUCAAUCAAUGGCUAUAUUAAUUGUAAUUGUUGCUUUAUGUUAAAUUCAUCUAAUCAGAUGCGUAUUGUAUGCCUCCUCUGACUACAGUGUCUCAUGUCUGUACAAGAUUUUACCAACUGCAAUAAAAUUGUUUUAAAAUUAUAGUAAAAAUGUUCCAGCUGUGAGGGGUAACACGUGGGACUUGUGGAACUAAAACAGGAAGAUCAAGAAUUCAAGGCCAGCCUGGGCAAUAUUGUAAUACCCUGUCUCAAAAGCAAAUUUUUAUAACGUCUCUUUAAUCAUCAUACAUUAAUUUUGUAAAAAGACCUGAAUUAAUAAAUGAACUACUUUUUACUGAAAUUAGAAGUGCAGUA